AUGAUCAUCGCAAUAAUUUCCGAAGACGUGUGGGCCUUUGGAGUGAAGACAGAGGUUGUGGAGAAGAAGACGAAGGAAGAGGUGAAAGAGAUGGAGAAUGAAGUAGAGACGGAGGAAGAGAAGGCCUUUGAAGUGAAGACAGAGGUUGUGGAGAAGAAGACGAAGGAAGAGGUGAAGGAGUUGGAGGAUGAAGUAGAGACGGAGGAAGAGAAGAAGCCAUUCAAUUGCUCUGUGUGUGGGAAGGCAUUUUCAUGGUCAUCAAGUCUUAAGAGACACCAGAAAACACACACGGGUGAGAAGCCAAUCCUGUGCUCUGUGUGUGGGAAAACAUUUGUACACUCAUCACAUCUUCAGAGUCAUCAGAGAACACACACGGGCGAGAAGCCAUUCCUGUGCCCUGUGUGUGGGAAGGCAUUUGCACAGUCGUCAACUCUUCAAAACCAUCAGAGAACACACACGGGCGAUAAGCCAUUCCUGUGCCCUGCGUGUGGGAAGGCAUUUUCACAGUCGUCAACUCUUAACAGGCAUCAGAAGGUCCACGGGAAGACAUUUUCAUGGCCAUCACAUCUUCAGAGACACCAGAGAACACACACGGGCGAGAAGCCGUUCAUGUGCCCUGUGUGUGGGAAGACAUUUGCACAUUCAUCACAUCUUCAGAGUCACCAGAGAACACACACGGGCGAGAAGCCGUUCCUGUGCCCUGUGUGUGGGAAGACAUUUGCACAGUCAUCACAUCUUCAGAGUCACCAGAGAACACACACGGGCGAGAAGCCGUUUCUGUGCUCUGUGUGUGGGAAGACAUUUGCACACUCAUCACAUCUUCAGAGUCACCAGAGAAUACACACCGGCGAGAAGCCAUUCCUGUACCCUGUGUGUGGAAAGGCAUUUGCACACUCGUCAACUUGUCAAGACCAUCAGAGAACACAUACGGGCAAGAAGCCAUUCCUGUGCUCUGUGUGUAGGAAGACAUUUGCAAAGUCAUCACAUCUUCAAAGUCACCAGAGAACACACACGGGCGAGAAGCCAUUCUUGUGCCCUGUGUGUGGGGAGGCAUUUGCACACUCAUCAAACAUGAACAGGCAUAAGCCAUUCAAUUGCUCUGUGUGUGGUAAGUCCUUUUCACGGCCAUCACAUCUUCAGAGACACCAGAGAACACACACGGGCGAGAAGCCAUUCCUGUGCCCUGUGUGUGGGAAGACAUUUGCACGGUCAUCACAUCUUCAGAGACACCAGAGAACACACACGGGCGAGAAGCCAUUCCUGUGCUCUGUGUGUGGGAAGGCAUUUGCACGGCCAUUCAAUUGCUCUGUGUGUGGGAAGGCAUUUGCACAAUCGUCAACUCUUCAAACUCAUCAGAGAACGCACACGGGCGAGAAGCCAUUCCUGUGCCCUGUGUGUGGGAAGGCAUUUGCACGGUCAUCAACUCUUCAAACUCAUCAGAGAACGCACACGGGCGAGAAGCCAUUCCUGUGUCCUGUGUGUGGGAAGGCAUUUGCACGGUCAUCAACUCUUCAAACUCAUCAGAGAAUGCACACGGGCGAGAAGCCAUUCCCGUGCCCUGUGUGUGGGAUGACAUUUGCAAAGUCAUCACAUCUUCAUAGUCAUCAGAGAACACACACGGGCGAGAAGCCAUUCCUGUGCCCUGUGUGUGGGAAGACAUUUGCAAAGUCAUCAAAUCUUCAUAGUCAUCAGAGAACACACACGGGCGAGAAGCCAUUCCUGUGCCCUGUGUGUGGGAAGGCAUUUGCAGACUCAUCAACUCUUCAUAGUCAUCAGAGAACACACACGGGCGAGAAGCCAUUCCUGUGCCCUGUGUGUGGGAAGGCAUUUGCACGGUCAUCAACCAUGAACAGGCAUCAGAAGCCCCACGCACACGGAGACAAGAAGCCAUUCAAUUGCUAUGUGUGUGGGAAGGCAUUUGCACAAUCGUCAACUCUUCAAACUCAUCAGAGAACGCACACGGGCGAGAAGCCAUUCCUGUGCCCUGUGUGUGGGAAGGCAUUUGCACGGUCAUCAACUCUUCAAACUCAUCAGAGAACGCACACGGGCGAGAAGCCAUUCCUGUGUCCUGUGUGUGGGAAGGCAUUUGCACGGUCAUCAACUCUUCAAACUCAUCAGAGAAUGCACACGGGCGAGAAGCCAUUCCCGUGCCCUGUGUGUGGGAUGACAUUUGCAAAGUCAUCACAUCUUCAUAGUCAUCAGAGAACACACACGGGCGAGAAGCCAUUCCUGUGCCCUGUGUGUGGGAAGACAUUUGCAAAGUCAUCAAAUCUUCAUAGUCAUCAGAGAACACACACGGGCGAGAAGCCAUUCCUGUGCCCUGUGUGUGGGAAGGCAUUUGCAGACUCAUCAACUCUUCAUAGUCAUCAGAGAACACACACGGGCGAGAAGCCAUUCCUGUGCCCUGUGUGUGGGAAGGCAUUUGCACAAUCGUCAACUCUUCAAACUCAUCAGAGAACGCACACGGGCGAGAAGCCAUUCCUGUGCCCUAUGUGUGGGAAGGCAUUUGCACGGUCAUCAACUCUUCAAACUCAUCAGAGAACGCACACGGGCGAGAAGCCAUUCCUGUGUCCUGUGUGUGGGAAGGCAUUUGCACGGUCAUCAACUCUUCAAACUCAUCAGAGAAUGCACACGGGCGAGAAGCCAUUCCCGUGCCCUGUGUGUGGGAUGACAUUUGCAAAGUCAUCACAUCUUCAUAGUCAUCAGAGAACACACACGGGCGAGAAGCCAUUCCUGUGCCCUGUGUGUGGGAAGACAUUUGCAAAGUCAUCAAAUCUUCAUAGUCAUCAGAGAACACACACGGGCGAGAAGCCAUUCCUGUGCCCUGUGUGUGGGAAGGCAUUUGCAGACUCAUCAACUCUUCAUAGUCAUCAGAGAACACACACGGGCGAGAAGCCAUUCCUGUGCCCUGUGUGUGGGAAGGCAUUUGCACGGUCAUCAACCAUGAACAGGCAUCAGAAGGUC